ACUCCCAGCGCGAGUGGCGGCGGCGGCGGCGGCGGCGGAGCCUUCGGGGGCGUGCGUGCGUGUGUGAGUGCGCGCCAGCGAGCGCGCCUUCUGCGGCGGGCGGACUGACUCCGCAGCGGGGCCGGGGCAAGCUGGACGCAGCAUGAUGCGCGCAGUGUGGGAGGCGUUGGCUGCGCUGGCGGCGGUGGCGUGCCUGGUGGGCGCGGUGCGCGGCGGGCCCGGGCUCAGCAUGUUCGCUGGCCAAGCGGCGCAGCCCGACCCCUGCUCCGACGAGAACGGCCACCCGCGCCGCUGCAUCCCGGACUUUGUCAAUGCGGCCUUCGGCAAGGAUGUGCGCGUGUCCAGCACCUGCGGCCGGCCCCCGGCGCGCUACUGCGUAGUGAGCGAGCGCGGCGAGGAGCGGCUGCGCUCGUGCCACCUCUGCAACGCGACCGACCCGAAGAAGGCGCAUCCUCCCGCCUUCCUCACCGACCUCAACAACCCGCACAACUUGACGUGCUGGCAGUCGGAGAACUACCUGCAGUUCCCGCACAAUGUCACGCUCACGCUGUCCCUCGGCAAAAAGUUCGAGGUGACCUACGUGAGUCUGCAAUUCUGCUCGCCUCGGCCCGAGUCCAUGGCCAUCUACAAGUCCAUGGACUACGGGCGUACGUGGGUGCCCUUCCAGUUCUACUCCACGCAGUGCCGCAAGAUGUACAACCGGCCGCACCGCGCGCCCAUCACCAAGCAGAAUGAGCAGGAGGCUGUGUGCACCGACUCGCACACCGACAUGCGCCCGCUUUCUGGCGGCCUCAUCGCCUUCAGCACGCUGGACGGGCGGCCCUCUGCGCACGACUUCGACAACUCGCCGGUGUUGCAGGACUGGGUCACGGCCACCGAUAUCCGCGUGGCCUUCAGCCGCCUGCACACGUUUGGCGACGAGAACGAGGACGACUCGGAGCUGGCGCGCGACUCGUACUUCUAUGCUGUGUCGGACCUGCAGGUGGGUGGCCGCUGCAAGUGCAACGGCCACGCAGCUCGUUGCGUGCGUGACCGCGACGACAGCCUGGUGUGCGACUGCAGGCACAACACGGCCGGCCCGGAAUGCGACCGCUGCAAACCUUUCCACUAUGAUCGGCCCUGGCAACGCGCCACAGCCCGCGAAGCCAACGAGUGCGUGGCCUGUAACUGCAACCUGCAUGCCCGGCGCUGCCGCUUCAAUAUGGAGCUCUACAAGCUGUCUGGACGCAAGAGUGGAGGCGUCUGCCUGAACUGCCGCCACAACACCGCUGGCCGCCAUUGUCACUACUGCAAGGAGGGCUACUACCGUGACAUGGGCAAGCCCAUCACCCACCGGAAGGCCUGCAAAGCUUGUGAUUGCCACCCCGUGGGCGCCGCUGGCAAGACCUGCAACCAAACCACUGGCCAGUGUCCCUGCAAGGAUGGUGUGACGGGCAUCACCUGCAACCGCUGUGCCAAGGGCUACCAGCAGAGCCGCUCUCCCAUUGCACCCUGCAUCAAGAUUCCCGUAGCACCGCCAACCACCGCAGCCAGCAGUGUGGAGGAGCCUGAAGACUGCGAUUCCUACUGUAAGGCCUCCAAAGGGAAGCUGAAGAUUAACAUGAAAAAGUACUGCAAGAAAGACUAUGCUGUCCAGAUCCACAUUCUGAAGGCAGACAAGGCAGGGGACUGGUGGAAGUUCACGGUGAACAUCAUCUCCGUGUACAAGCAAGGCACCAGCCGCAUCCGCCGUGGUGACCAGAGCCUAUGGAUCCGCUCGCGUGACAUCGCCUGCAAGUGCCCCAAAAUCAAGCCCCUCAAGAAGUACCUACUGCUGGGCAACGCCGAGGACUCACCCGACCAGAGUGGCAUCGUUGCUGACAAGAGUAGCCUGGUGAUCCAGUGGCGGGACACGUGGGCGCGGCGGCUGCGCAAGUUCCAGCAGCGUGAAAAGAAGGGCAAGUGCAAGAAGGCCUAACGCACACGCAGCAGCACGCUGGGCUCGGGACGCGGCCCGGCUGAGCGUGAGCUGAGUACGUGCAGCUGAUGGCUGCCAAGGUGGACUUGGCCCAUGAGGGCUUUCCCGGGAGGGGGGAGGGUGGGGGCGGGGCUACAGCGGGGGCGGGGCCCUCGAUGGCCCCUCCCCCAGCCCCACUCUGUGCACCCCUAGCGGGAGCCAAGUGCAUGCACACUCAGGGCAGGGUGCGCAGCAGGCCAGGCCCUGGAGAAAUGAGGACCAGACGUAGCUACCUCACGGGGCUCCUUCCAGAGCAGAAAUGCGCUUCCCUAGGGCUAGGUGGGGUCACCGUGGAGGGGCUGGGAGCUAACCCUGCCCUGGGGCCUGAGGCACGGCACUGAGUGGCACGGAUGGGGCCACAGAGCUUGGCGUUGUUGGUAAUGCAGAAGGGGGCGUGAGGAGAACUGUGAAAUUGCAGGCCAGCAGCCUGGGCAGGGGCUCUGAGCAAGCCCAACCACCA